UAUUUGCGUCUUUUUGUUGAUAAAAUAAUUAGUCAAAACAAGCCAGGGACACAAGUGGUGUGUGAGUGGGCUUGCUUACAAAAUGCGCUUUAUAAAUGUGGUCUCUCUAAUUUGUGAUGUGGAUUGGAUGAUGUUGUCGCUUUUUAUUUCAGGAAUGAUUCGUUGGAUGUUAAUAGUUUGUUUUAAAAUAGGCUAAUGUUGCUGUAUUCUAUCUUUUACUUUUUUAUUUUUUAUUAUUAACUCCCAGUCCCUGUUGUUAACGAUACAGGUUUUGAUUUUGCAACGCUGAACAUUAAAAGUUGUUAGGUUACACCAAUUAUUUGGUUUAACGCACACUAAUUCUAGUUCUGUUUAGUUGAUGACAAAGGGACUCACAUGGCACGUGCCCUGGGCGUGUGUCUCUUGUUUCUUAGCAACCGCCACAACAGGAAAACACCUGUGGCAUCGAUUUAUUCAAAGGGUAAACAUAUAAACUAAAAACCUGUAUACCGUUAAUACAACCUGCUUAUUGAGAACUGUUUGUUAGUUUUCAGGGAUUUUUAUAAGGACUUUUAAAAGACCAACGUAUUUUUAGUGUGAAAAUGGGUAGAAUAAUUCACAGAUUAAUAGUUGUGGUUUCCAAAACCGGCUUUACAUCGCAAUAACAAACCGUUGUUUGCCGUUUGAGCUUUAUAGCGUUUCAAAAAAGGGAAAAUGUUCAAUAAAUAUUAGAUCAAUAAUUUGACUGAUGGACUACUUUAGUGGUUAAUAAUUUGGAGAUCAUUUCCCCCAAAUAACAUUUGUCAACAACGAUUAGAAGCCAACUGUUUACCUUUCGCACCCCGGAGAAAAACCUUCAGCAAAGCCUGUGGCGAGCUCGCUCUCGCCCGUGCGCGUCACCUGACCGCGAGCCAUAUGCAAAUCAGUCUCAUCCUCCAACGCCAUUGGCUCUCUCUCACUCAUUUAUUCCAUGUCAAAGCGCAUCAUAUGGCCGCUCUUCCACUAACUUUUCUAGCGCACCGCUGAAAGUAGCUCAAAGACUGGAUGUGCAAAUCAACCCAGGAGGAAGUUAGUAUAAGACAAAAGGCAGGCGACCAGCUGCAAAGUUAUCAUCUGUUUGGAUUGUACCUCUAUUCAAGUGACCUCUUUUUUUAUUAGGACGCUUUACGCGCGUGAACCAGGCAACGGGGACGCCGAGGCUGUAUUGAGUGAAUGUUUCUGCGUAUGAGCUGAGUAAGUGAAAGCCAAGUUAAUGUAUAGCAUGAUGAUGGAAACGGACUUACAUUCUCCAGGACCCCAAACUAACACAAACACGGGUCACACGGGACCCAACGGCGGGAGCAAAGUUAACCAAGACCGCGUAAAGAGACCCAUGAACGCGUUCAUGGUUUGGUCUCGGGGUCAGCGCAGAAAGAUGGCCCAGGAGAAUCCCAAAAUGCACAACUCGGAGAUCAGCAAGCGCCUCGGAGCCGAGUGGAAAGUAAUGUCCGAGGCUGAAAAGCGACCCUUCAUCGACGAGGCAAAAAGACUACGUGCGAUGCAUAUGAAGGAGCAUCCGGAUUACAAGUACAGACCCAGAAGAAAGACCAAGACGCUGCUCAAAAAAGACAAAUACUCAUUGGCCGGUGGCCUGCUUGCUGGAUCUGGGGGCGGAGGCGGUAUGGGUCUGGGAAUGGGUACCGCGGGGGUCGGCCAGAGGUUAGAGAGUCCAGUGGGUCAUGGCGGCACCGCGGCGAGCUACGCGCACAUGAACGGAUGGACCAACGGUACCUAUUCGGGACAGGUGGCUGCGGCCGCGGCUGCCGCUGCAAUGAUGCAGGAGGCGCAGCUCGCCUACAGUCAGCACGCAGGCAGCGGUGCGCAUCACCACCACGGGCACCACCACCAUCCCCACAACCCACAGCCUAUGCACCGCUACGAAAUGACCGCUCUCCAGUACAGCCCCAUCUCAAACUCUCAAAGUUACAUGAGUGCUUCGCCUUCAGGCUAUGGGGGAAUAUCCUACACGCAACACCAAAACUCCAGCGUGGCUUCUUCGGGGGGCAUCGGCACACUGGGAUCUCUGGUGAAAUCGGAACCGAGCGUAAGCCCUCCCGUUACAACUCACUCUAGAGCCCCCUGUCCCGGAGAUUUGCGGGAGAUGAUAAGCAUGUAUUUACCGGCGGCCGAGACAGGUGACCCGUCCGUUCAGAGCAGACUUCACGCUGUGCCACAGCACUAUCAAAGUUCAACGACAGGCGUAAACGGAACCGUUCCACUGACACACAUAUGAAAAGAUGCGAAACUACGCGUUCAGACUCGAAAAACCAAAUAUUUACCUCUUUUAGAGCAUUACUACCUUUUUUGUACAGAAUGUUUGUUCUUGUAAAUUUUGAAGGUGAUAUUAUUUAAAUAUAAAACGUAAGGAGGUUGUCGUUGGGCGGGAUAUCGUCUGAAUAAUUUGUCUUUAUUUCAACAACACUACUUGGGUGAGGUUUACACGUUUGCUAAAUGCGAGGGAUUCAUUCUGAUUUAUUUGGUGUGAAAGAUGGUCCUUUUGUUUAAAACUGGAAAGCGAGUGAGUGCUACGGUGUAAAAUAUAAUCAAGUGACAUUGUUUUUAAAGUUUUCUUAAGGGUUUCUCUAUCCCACUUUGAUUUGUCAACACGUGAGUUGCUGUAUUUGAUAUUUGUUUGUUGUAUUUUUUUCUUGUACAUUGUGAAAAUAUUCCAGAAAAAUCGAUACACAUCUGUAAAUAUAAUUUGGUUUUGCCAGAAAAGAAGGAAACGUUUUGCGUUGAUGUGAGAAUAAUAAAUUUCACAGCUUUUGCUCUGAUUCUGAAAAAAAUAGUUUUCUCUUGUUUUGCUUGUUGGCACAGUUAUUAUUUAAAUGUGAUGACGUAUAUUUAUCUUUUAAGCUAUGAAACUACUCUUUUUUUUAGUCGCACGUGGUCUCUCCUGACCUCUCAAAGUAACUUUUAGACUAAAAUAUAUAAGACAUAUUCUGAAUGCAGAUAUACAUAUUUAUUUGUGUUCAUAUUCUUUUGAUAUAAUGACGGACAAAUGAAAACAUUUGG